AUGACGAGCCUAUCAUCCCAAAGCCUACUUUUUUCCCUUGUGAUUAUCCUUGUCUUCUCUGAUAAAGCCUAUGGCUUUGGAGCAGGAAAUAUCGCUUCUCUAUCUAAAAUCGAAGGCCAGAACUGGCGCCAUGGAGAUAUCGAGGAUACGCUCCUGAGCCUGUUCUUGGCCAGAGUGGCUGGUGGCCGCAGGUUUGGCAAACUGGAUGUGAAGCGCGUGUACUUUGGUAACUGGCUACGUGACUAUAGCCAAGCUGUUGAUGUAGGCACGGUCAAAUAUGUCAGCGCAGAGGCCAUCCGUAUACUGAUCUGGGUAUUGGGCUUCAUGAGUUUCGGAUAUGGUACGCGUGAAUUCGAAGUCACCAGCGAGCGUCUGGGCUGCUACCAGCCGACCGAACACAUUGAUAAUCCUUUGGGAUACGCCGAAGGCGAAGAUGCUCGGAACUACGACCGUCGUCUGCGGGGCCCUGUGGAUGAAGAGCGCGAGCUAUCGGUCGACCCUCGGACAGGCCUGAAAGCAUACAUUGCAUCCGAAGAUAUGGGCAUAGAUACAUCGGCUGCGUUGAUCCGCCAUGUUUUCGGUCGCUCAAUUCUCCUUGGUCGUCGCUAUGCUCGUUCGCGACAGAGUGACGAUCUGUACGAGGCUCUGCGUCUCAUGGGGACCGGUCUACACUGUCUAGAGGACUAUGCGGCCCAUUCAAACUAUACCGAGCUAAGCCUUAUUGAACUUGGAGAGCGUGGUGUCUUUCCCCAUGUAGGCCGCAACACACCCGUGCAGGUUGAGGGUGCUCCCGACAACGUUUAUCCCAUCGUGACCGGAACUUUUGGUGGCGUCGAUUUCUUUCAUUCUGUACUCGGAGAAUUCUCAGACAAGACCAAGCAGUCCGAGUUACAGUCUUUGGAGGGAGUUAUCACCGAGUCUGAAAAUGACGGACCCUCCGAGAGCUUUAUCCAGAAUCUACUCAGUAAGAUCCCCGAUGGACUUGUUGGGGAUAGCGGUGCGCAGGUGAGCCAGAUGGACGACUUUAAGGCCAAGGCAGAUGAUGCAAAGCAGAAUGCGCAGGAUGUCUCGCCGCGUGAACCCGAGGAAUGGACUCGCUAUUUAAAUGACGUGCAGAAGCAAGUCUACCCGAUUCUCGAGUGGCACGAUAAGCUCCUGAAAACAAUCAACGACGCCAUCGAGCACAUCCCGGUCCUACCGGAACUCAUUGAGCAGCUCCAGGACCAAAUCACCAUUUUUGUGUUCUCGAUUCUCGCUCCGUAUAUCCUGCCCAUUAUCAAACAGGUGAAACAGGAACUUGAGACUGGCUCGUCCGAGGUGAUUCAAAGUAGUCAGCAGCAACAGCAUAUCGUCUUCAAUGAUGACGAUUCGUCAAACCCCACACACUCCAUGCUUUCAAAGGACCACUUUUCGAAUGUACUCAACGAGCCAGCUGGUCGUAUUGCCUCUAAUGUGGUCAGAUGGACGGUCCCCCAGCUAAUGCACUGCUGGGACGACGAAGAGGCUGAUGUCGACCGAACAUUGACCAGAAUCAUUUCAGGAGUUUUCCACCAUCCAGCUCUCCAUGAGUACGGUGAUGAUGGGGCCAACGAGAUCCGACAGAUCAUGUUCUCGACAGUGCAAGAAUGGUGGGGUGAACAUAGCGACGAGGCGCGCGAUUAUCUCCGUGAACAACUGAGCCGGGAGGGCGUUCUUGAAGGGAAGAACCAUAAGGAAGGCAUCCAGGAUUGUGGACAUGGAUGUGGCAAGCCACUUUCCUUACCCAAAGGCCCGGGCCGUGACGGUGGAAUUGGCCUUUCCAAUGACUCGGGUCUGGGAACUGUUGCAUCCGAAGCACUAGGAGGAGGUGCCCUUGGCGGAUUGGUCGGCGGACUUGUUGGCAGCCUGGGAUCAAUGGUCCUGAACGACAGUGGCCUGGAUGACCGAGCGACCUCUAAAGCCCAGGAGAAAGAUGAUGACAACUUCAGCGAUGAACAUUCGCAUCGCCACCAACGCAAACACCAUCACAGAGACCGGGAUCAGGAGGCAUAUGAAGAUCGACAUUCUCACCCACAAGGCUAUGGGUACCAGGGCGAAUCAGCUCAGUAUGGUGAUCAACCAUCUCGCUAUGCUUAUGAACCGAAUGAGUACUCUCGUUCUGAUUAUCCACCCGAGCCUCCGGCACAGGACUACCACCGCGAAGGAUAUGGAUCAUUCCAGGCAGAGAGCAUCGGAGCUUACUACCAGCAAGAACGACGAGAGACCUUUGAGGGCAACCACGGCCAAUAUGUCCAAACGCAGUCGCACUACGAGUAUGCCACCCCACAGGACACAUACCAACGUACUACGGAGUACAGCAGCUACGGCCGAAAUGGGCUUCAAGAGGAGUUCACGCCUGAGUACGGAGAACCACCCUGCAGAGGCUAUGAAGAGUUCGAGAGGCCUGCUGAUCCUCCAUUCGAGGAAAGUUAUGGCCAACCAAACCGAAGAGGGGAUGACGGCGGAUACGCCGGAGGGUAUCAUCACCAUAGCGAGCGUCAAGGUAGUGAUGAUUCGGGGUCUCAGAGUGGCAGUGACGAGGAACAUGCCCGCCGUCAUCGCCGGCACCACCGGCACCACCACCAUCACCAUGAUGACUACGAGCGGCGUUCCGGCUCAGACGACUCGGAUUAG